CCCUGUGCUCUUUUGCCUUUUGCCCCUUGUCUUUGAAGCAAUGGCGCGGGCUGUGCGCUGAGAGUCAGACGGUGUGGUUGUGUAACUGACAGUUUAGGGGCUGCGCGGCUUUCUGGUAGGGCCUGCGUUCAGCUUGCAUUGGUUUCCUUGUUCAGCAAAGGUCUGUGGGUCCAACGAGAGCCUGGACUGCAAACAGCGGGUUUGCCAAGCAGUAUCCCUCUCUGGCGCAGCGACAUUGCUCGGCCCAGUCACCUCUUUACAAGAUGUGACGCCCUGCUCAUCUCGUCAAACGGCUCGGCGGCGUUGGAUUUCUUUGGCAGCUGUCCAUUAAGAAUCUGUUACGCAUAGAGAGCGAUGAGCUUUGCUGGGGCCAAGGACGAAGCGCGCCGCUGGUUCAACCAAAGCAUGCCUGGUUUCUCAUUCUCAGGUUUUGCUGGGGCCAGGAGCCUGGGGGCGACAGAAUUGUGCAUGGGCUCUGAGACAGCCAGCUACUUGGUAAACCAGUAAACCCUCGAUAGUCUUUGCUUGAGAAACUUAAUCUACCUGACAGCUCGCAUGCGCUGCCCUUCAGGACAACAUGUACACUUCCAAAGUCACGAGCUGAAUUUGGAGCAUAGUUACUAGCAUCAGCUAGAAACGCCCUUUACUUACCACCCCAGAGUGAGGUUCUUGUGACUUUGCCCCCCCCCUCCCUAGGGCUAUGUCCCCCCUGAAGGCCUCCCCGAUGCGCUCCCGCUUCGGCAGGAGCGCGAGCCUGCCCUCCACUAUUCUCUUCAGUGAUAGCGCCCCCCCAAAAGAAGAGCGGCUCAAGCCAUCGCCCUCGGCAGACUGGGAGGAAGCCGCCCGCGACCAACUCGAGAUUCAGGCCCUCGCUUCUUCUAUGCUGCAAGCUGCAGCAACCGGCUGUUUCUACAUAACGCCCGCUCCUGUGAUUUUCAAAUCCCCUCUGCCGAGCGAUGGGCAAAGCCCCCCAAGCCCAGACUCUCCGCUGCCCCCAUACUGGAACAGGGGGGUGAAUGGGUACGCAGAUAGCUCAGACCGAGGGGGGGGUGCGAGCCCGCCAGCGCAGGUUCCGAAGGAUGAGCUGGUUCCGGGGGGCCAAUACGGUGUCACAUGGUGGGACAGCCGAAACGCGGAGGCGCUCGUGCGGGGCCGCGUGGAAAAGUUCCUCUGUCUAGAUCCUCUAUUGCUGGCGAAUCAGCUGAGGGAGCUUUCAUCCUCAGAACCUGCAUUCAUCGAGGGGGGGCCGCAUCAUUUGACCAAUCUAGUCGACGUGUUUUGGAGUAUGGCAUGCAAUUCGGGGGGACGGGGCACCGUUUUACCCCCCCCUGACGGGGGAGGAUACUGCGGCGUGUGCUUUGCUGAGAUGGGAAGGAGCAGUUGCUACAACCCGUUUCACGCGAGGGGGGUCCCAGAUUGGUGGCGGGAAAUGCAGGAGUACUGGGACGAGUCGCUCGAGAAGGCGCGGGAAGACGGGCGCGAUGUGGACUGCAUGUUCUUUUGUGGGAAGAUGGGGUGUCUAAACCCGGUGGCAUGCACAUUCAGGCAUGACGAACAAGCUCGACGCAAGAUCUGCCAAGAGACGGGCAGGAUACGACGGCGAGCCACCUUUGGAUCCUCAUGGAUGGCAGAUUUAGGCUUGCCAGGAAUGUUCUAGCAGCUUCCGUGUUUUCCGGUGCAGCUCUUAGUUGCGGACCAUGAGAAUCGUGAAGCUGCGGUGUCUUCUGCAUACGUGCAGGGUUGAGAGGAGCUAAGAUUUGGUGUAACGCCAAAUGUACAUAAUUAGAAAGAAAAGAAGACUUGCACGAGUAGGUAGUGUGGGGAAUCUGUAAUUAUGUUUCAUCCCAGAAACGAAUGAUCCAAUAAAAGACCAUCAGCGGCGUCGACCUGUACACAUGAUACUCAUGC